AUGACUCCCAACACUAAUGCCUCCGAGUCCUCCAGACUCGAGAUAUUCGGCUUCGGACGCGAUGUGGAUAGCGCAUAUCCCCACGCCAAAUUCCCCUCGGGGUGGGCGAGCCAAGGCGUCACGCUGCGAGAGAAGCGGAUGCUGGCAUUCAUCGACAGCAUCACCGAUAAGCCAGACUGGGAAACCAAGGUCUUUGACGAGGCAAUUGUCAAGAAGUGGCGUGAGGAAGCAAAUGUGUCCCCUGAACAUCUAAACGGGGACAUUUUGCUUUCGGAGAAGAUGUUUGACUUUUGUAUCAGGGAAUUGCGGGAGAAGGCCGCUAUCUUUAAGGCCACUGGUCGAGUCAAUAUUUACGAUGCAGAGAUCACAAUCGUGAAAUCCGACACCGCCGUUCCCACAGCUCUCAGGGAUGAUCUCAUCGAGGGUGUAAAGGUGCUUGAGAAUGUUCCUGAGCACAAGAAGGACUGGCACCCCGGGUCUGACAACAAAGUUCUCGAUCUCUUGCACCCAUCUCUGUUCCCCGUUGUUUUCGGGCUCACAAAGGCCCUUCCCCAUGAAAAGGUACCCUUGGAGGGAUGCAUCAGUUAUACCGGAAAGGGCGAGCCUACGCAGUCCUACAUGCCUACGCGAAUGGACUUGCCACCGUACGGUAGCUUUCAAUGGCUGCCUACCGAUGUUCAGCUGACGGACUCUGGCGCUGAGCUCCUUGGCUACAUCAAUAAUCUACACCCCGAACAGCACCAGGACCUUUUCAAAACUCUUGAACGCAUGGUCGACGUUGCUGUCCCGCUGUGGGAUGAGUGCCUUAGUGGCUACUACAACAGAAUGAGAAUCGUCCUCGGCGCCACGGGUGAGGAUGAUUACACGUUCCCAGAGGGCCUAAAGUAUCGAAUCCCCGGAAGGGACGAACCCAAAUGUUGGUAUGACCCAGUCAAAGACACUGUCGGGGUUGCUGGAGACGACAAGAAGGAACAGAAAGGUGAAAAGGCAGAAGACAAUGACGAAGAUGACGAAGGCGACGAAGACGACGAAGACGACGACGACUGGAGAUGGGAGGACGACUUUAGAGAUUGGAAGGAAGAGCACCGCGUCCUUGUCUACAGGGAACCCCGAGAUUACAUCUCGCAAGCCGAUCUUGUAUCGAAGAGUGGUUCUGGCAUCAACUUGAAGCAAGACUACGAGAAGGGAAUCCAAGUCAUCUUUAAGCUCGCCAAUAUCCACCUAACGCCCGAGAAGCCCGUAUAUGAGGGCGGUACAUGGCAUGUCGAGGGUGCGCUGAACGAAGGAAUCUGCGCCACGGCCAUCUACUAUUAUGACCAGGAGAACAUCACCGACAGCCACCUCGCCUUCCGCCAGGCCAUCGACGCCGAAGAUGUCAUUAUGCUGCCCGACCAGAACGAGUACGAUAGCAUCCAGGAGUUUCUAGGUGUUGAGCAGGAUGGACCCGCCAUCCAGGAACUCGGAAAGGUCCUCACUCGCGAGGGCCGUUUCCUUGUCUUCCCCAACUCUAUGCAGCACCAAGUUCAACCAUUCUCGCUGAAGGAUAAGUCAAAGCCGGGCCAUCGCAAGAUCCUGGUCAUGUUCCUCAUCGAUCCCCAGCGUCGCGUCCUUUCGACAAGCAACGUCCCUCCGCAGCGUCGGGAUUGGUGGGCGGACGAGGUCCGGAAACAGCAGUCCCUUGUGAAGCUGCCGGCCGAGCUCUUCGACCACACCGUUGACAUGGUGGAUGACUUUCCCAUUUCUUGGGAACAGGCUCUGGAGAUUCGGAAGAAGCUUAUGGAGGAGCGAUCGGCCAGUACUAAGCUCGCUAAUGAGAAGAUGCUCGAAGUUAGAAACCUUUAG